AGGACCUCUAGCCAGACAAAGACGAUUCGCGAAUUCAUGACUCGCGUCUGGAGCAAAAUUCGUGAUCGCACGGACUCACACUAUCAGGGAGUCCUCUGGGAAAGGAGUCUACGAGUUGCUAGCAGCGCAUCCAGAUUACCAGCGUUUGGGUGCCGGCACAGCUCUUGUCGCGUGGGGGAACUGAAGCCGCUGAUGGAAAAGGACUCAAGUCAGUUGUUGGAGUCACUCUAUCAGGACGACGAUGCUAUGAGAAGGGUGGCUUCCAUAGAGAUCGAGGAAAUGGAUUUCGAUGUUGGCGAAGAAUUUAGUGGAAGAGGGAAACCCACCCUUCGCUUCCUGACGAGAGAACCUAAAACUUAAGCACGGCUACUCUCAGGGUCCGGAACGGAAGGGUUGUUUAUAGAUCCACGCAGCAAAACCCAUGCGCUACCUGCCCGCUACAUCUUCUGCUCACCCAAUGGUGAUUAUCAGAAACACUCCAGCAAGUUCGAUUCUUUGAUCCCCCUGCUUCAAUGCUUCUGGAAUAUGAGGAAUAUUGAAAGCUUCUGAUCCUCAAUUCUCAUCGAAAUUUCCACGCCCGUUGCUCUGAAGAAACUCUUGCAUCCAGUGGAAUUUUCUAACAUGUUUCCUU